UGCUGAAGAGAAUGCGGAAGCAAGAAUAGGACCAAAUGGGAAAGGGCAUUUUCAUCUGUUUCUAGUCACAGACCCGGGUGAAAUCCAACAUAUCUACAACAUUUUAACUGUGGUCCUGCUACAUUCCGCUCGCUGUUUACAAGCUAUCAUCAAUAGUAGAUAUCAAUAGGUGGUGGAAAUGGAGCGCAGAGACGCAUCGUCCACUAACGCAGACUGGAUGUCUCAACUGCCAGAGGAACUGUGGGGUACACCGCUUUGGGACCUGGCGAUACCCGGGAGUCAUGACAGCAUGAGUUACUGCCUGGAUACACACUCUCCUGUCUUGGGGUCUGAGUCGUUUAUGCUGCAGUUUCUGGAUCGACUGGCACCCUGCAUUGUACGCCCCUGUGUCUACCGCUGGGCCACCACACAGGCGUGGAGUAUUCCUGAUCAGUUGGAUGCUGGAAUCCGGUUCUUCGAUCUACGGAUCGCUCAUAAAAACAUUAAAAAUACAUUCAACACACAAGACAUGUUAAAAACACACAACACAGAUGACACGCUGUAUUUUGCACACGCGAUUUAUACACUACAGACUGUAAAGGAGGCCCUGUCAACCAUGGCUGUGUGGUUGGAGCAGCACCAGAAGGAGGUAGUGAUCCUGUCCUGUUCCCACUUCUACCUGCUGACGGACUCUGAGCACCAGGCCCUGGUCUGCUACAUCACUCAGCUGUUUAAAGACAAACUCUGCCCCCCACAGGAGACUCCCUAUCUGAGCCAGUGCUGGGAUCUGGGGCAGCAGGUCAUAAUUUCGUACGACGAUGAGACGAUUCUUCACCAACACAAGCAACUGUGGCCUAAGAUCCCUUACUGGUACGCUGACUCGGCAGACCCCAAAGAGGUCAUUUCUUACCUGGAGGAGCGGCAGAAGGCCCAAGGAAGAGCAGCUCAUUUCUUCACCUCUGGGCUGAACCUGACGGAGGACACUGCUGUGGUGGUCUGCAACCCCUGUCUGACGAUGAGGAAGUUAACAAUGAAGAGUUUCUCCCUGCUGCUGGACUGGGUGGAGAAGCAGACUCCUGGACCGAACCAGACCGCUGUCAACAUCAUCUGUGGAGACUUUGUGGGUCUGAACCACUUUGCCUCUGUGGUUAUCGGGCUCAAUAAGAAACUGCUGAAGACAGAGAGCCACAGAUGACUCACAAGGGACGGAAUGAGAAAGAGACCGACAGAUAAACAUGCACAGAAUCCCAAAUGGCUUCUAGCUCCUUCUCCCUAUGCAGUUGUGGAGAUCUGAGAGGUUUGGUUAGGUGUAAUCAACAUGGUACUCUGACACACCUGAUCUAGUGUGUCAAACUCAUUCCAUGGAGGGCCUACUGUCUGUAGGUUUUUUGGUUUUUCCUUUCAUUUAGACCUAGACAACCAGGUGAGGGGAGUUCCUUGCUAAUUUGGGAGGAGCAAAAACCCACAGACACUCGGCCCUCCGUGGAAUGAGUUUGACACGUGCACUACUAGAUCAUAGGAAUGAGUUUGACACGUGCACUACUAGAUCAUAGGAAUGAGUUUGACACGUGCACUACUAGAUCAUAGGAAUGAGUUUGACACGUGCACUACUAGAUCAUAGGAAUGAGUUCCCAUGUUUCCCUAUGUCUACCUACAGCACAGGGUGGCAGGUUUACUGUGUUGAUAAUGAGUAUGAUGGAUACAAUGAAAGGUUUUUGCAUUCUAAAGUGAUGCCACAGGAAAAGUUUCAUCAGAUGGACAAUAUAAUUUAUUUUUUAUAUGCAAAUACACUACAUGCAGGGGCAAAUACAUAAAUGUCUAUUGAACUUUAUCCGUUUGAGGCAUCUUUAUUUCAAACAUCAACAACACCUUGAAAUUGUCAUGUUACAGCAGGUGUGACUUUAUAAAAUAAACCACUUCCUCACAGCUGA